AUGCAAGAGAACGUGUCCAGUGAGGCACCCACCGCAGAAUCUCCUAGCCCAUCGCCCACUAGCCCAUCGCCCAUUCACCUGUUAACUUCAACUACACAUAACCAACAUUAUCCAGUAUCAGGUAUUACCGUCAGAACAAAUAAUAUGUCUUUCAAUGAAACGUCUGUCACUCCUGAAGUUCCCAGCACCUCAAGAGCAAGAAUUGAACACCCUUUUAAUGAACCAGUGACAAUCGCCAUUGUUUUGGGAGUGAUCGUUGGUAUUGUUGGAACUAUUCUUCUCAUUUAUUACUUAAUCAGUCUAAUAACAAAGAAAAGCUCAGUUGACAUACACCCUCCCAAGGAUGAAGACACGGAUGUGCCGCUAAGUUCCAUUGAGCAGAGCGUUAUUCAAGAAGAGCAUGCCAGUGUCUGAAAGGCCUCAGAGAACACAAGACUACAGUCAAUGGAAAAAGUAGUAGAAAUCAGACAUACCAGUACACUGUGUACCUUCCUGAGCUGUGCAUUAUAAGAGAAAAUGUCACCAUUGAAAGCUUCAG